AUGACAGCUGGAAUCCCCAGUGGUUAUCAAUUUUUAUGGUCGAGACACCCUCAACAGCCUUAUCUUAUUGUGUUUCGCGUGGUGGCUGAAUUCCCUGUUGUCCGCGACUCCACACCAGGCUUCGAUGCUCAUGGAAACCUAACUUCUCGCGACCCAGGAAUACCACUAGAUAGUUAUGUGGCCGAGCAACAUCUAAGAUACAGGAGAUCGUGGCCAGGAACGGCUCAACAAUUCAACUCACCAUUCAUUUCAUGCUCAAAAAGCUAUAAAAGUGCUCUUCGGCGAAAGGAUUGGCUACUUCGAGAAGGUGCAGUUCGGGUUGUUAUACUGGCCUAUGACGUCUCAAAAGAAACCACAAUCCUCGACGCCCGAAAGCUCGCUAUCGGCUUCCGCUUGAGAGAUCCGCAUCUUUACAAGAACGAAGUGUUAUUGUGGUCCAAGAUUGCCGCAGACGACUACAGCCUGCUAGCUGUAAUGCACGCCACAAGUGGGUGGGUAACUGAGCUGUUGACAGACCACGGCACAAUAACUGUACCUAGCGACUACUGGAGCGAGUAUGGCGACUCUGAGAACCCGCUUCACGCACUUCGAAAUGAGCUCUACCAUCAUACAGGAUGGAAAAAUGAUGACCGACUAUUGUGGUUGGUACAAGCCAUGAUGGCGUGA